AGACUGAUAUGAGAAAGACGGAGGAAAAUGCGACGAGCAGAAAUAUGGAAGUGCUGAAAGCGUGAACGGAGUGCGUGAAAAAGAGUUUUCCCCGCGUGAAAAGGCAUCUGUGGCGAUCGGGGCGGCGUCUGGGGCGGUGUGCGAGGGUCGCGAGAGGCGAUAAAUGGUGGUUUAGUGAGGGUGAAGUGCGCGUUGCGUUGUCAGAUCGAGUUUCGUGGGGGUUUUUGUGUCAAGCGGAGAAGACAGUUCGCGGGGUUCCGCCCAGUUGGGGGCUUUUGGGGCGGCGCAGUUGCCGAUGGCCGAGCUGCUGCGGAUGGCGGGUCUGAUGAGCCACAAGGACAAGCUGGGCAGCCCGUCGACGGGCUCCGAGGACGGCGGCGGCGGCGUGGACAUGGGCGAGCUGGUGCAGGAGCUGGAGCAGGACGAGUUCGACGCGCCCGUGCUGGCCAAUGCAGGCGACCGUCCGGCGCUCAUCGCGCCGCCGGAGAGCGAGUGGUACCACGGGCGGCUGGACCGGUACAGCGCCGAGCAGCGGCUGCGCUCCGCCAACAUCCUGGGCAGCUACCUGGUGCGCGAGAGCGACCGCAAGCCCGGCUCGUACGUGCUGAGCUACCUGGGGCGCACCGGCAUCAACCACUUCCGCAUCACGGCGGUGUGCGGCGACUUCUACAUCGGCGGCCGGCAGUUCUUCUCGCUCAGCGACCUGGUCGGCUACUACACGUCCUGCAGCGAUCUGCUGAAGCGCGAGCGCCUGGUCAUCCCCGUGCCGCCGCCGGAGCCCGUGAACGACAAGAAGCGCGUCGUGGCGAUCCUGCCGUACACCAAGAUGCCCGACACGGACGAGCUGACGUUCCAGAAGGGCGACAUCUUCUUCCUGCACAACGACAUGGGCGACGGCUGGCUGUGGGUCACGGCGCACCGCACCGGCGAGCAGGGCAUGAUCUUCCGCGAGCUGGUGGAGGAUCUGGACCCCGGCAUCGACCCCAACACCGUCUUCCCCUGGUUCCACCCCAACUGCACCAAGAACGAGGCCGUGGACAUGCUGGUGAAGGCGGGCCCCGGAAGCUUCCUGGUGCGCCCGAGCGACAACUCGCCCGGCGACUACUCGCUGUUCUUCCACAUCAACAACCAGAUCCAGCGCUUCCGGAUCGAGAAGAAGGGCGUGCGCUACUUGAUGGGCGGGCGCAACUUCGAGUGCCUGGACGCGGUGAUCAAUCGCUACCGCAAGGAGCAGAUCGUGGAGGGACACACGCUGAACCAUCCGGUGGUGAAUGGGCAGCAGCCGGAGUUCAACGCGCCGCCGAGCAUGUCGGCCGCGGCGGAGAAGAUCUACGCGACGCUGCGCGAGUGUCGCGACCAGAUCGGGCUGAAGAAGAUCAAGGGCAUCAAGCACCACGGCUAUCUGCUGAAGAAGUCGGACAAGAGCGCCAAGUGGAAGCAGCUGUACUUCGCGCUGCUCGUGGAGGGCACGGAGACGCACCUGUGCUUCUACGACAAUCCCAAGAAGACCAAGCCCAAGGGCCUGAUCGACAUGUCGUGCGCGUAUCUCUAUCAGGUGCACGAGUCGCUGUGGGAGCGCGCGCUCUGCUUCCAGAUCGUGGAGCGCGCGCUGCCCUGCCUGGCCACGGUGUCCUUCCUCUGUGCCAACACGCCUGAGUCCUACGUGGAGUGGAUCAGUGCGCUCAAGUCGCAGUGCGUGUCGCAGCUGAGCAAGGCGCAGUCCAAGGUGCCGCGCCUGCGCGAGCUGCGCUGCCUCAAUCUGCAGAUCCUCGAGGCGCAUCGGCUGCCCUUCAAGCUCGUGCCGCAUCCCUACUGCAGCAUCACGCUCAACCAGCAGGUCAAGGUCGGCAAGACGCGCGUCAAGGUCGCGCCCGAUCCGGUCUGGGAGGAGGAGUUCAUCCUCGACGACGUGCCGCCGGACGUGGCGACGCUGACGAUCACCGUGCUGAGUCGCGGGAAGCGCGGCAAGGACUCGGAGAUGGCGGAGAUCACGGUGGACCUGCUGAGCCUGAAGAACGGCCAGGAGACGGAGGACUGGUACCAGCUGACGGGGAUGACGCCGAUGGGCGAGUGGGGCUCGCUGCGGCUGCGCAUGCGCUAUCUGGACGACCUGAUCAUGCCGUGCGAGGAGUACAGCCCGCUGCAGCAGCUGCUGCUGGAGCCCGAGCUCAGCUCCGUGAAGGCGCUGGCAGAGCUGUGCCACAACGACCGCGUGCCGCUGGCCACGUCGCUGCUGCGCGUCUUCCGCCACGAGAAGCGCGAGACGGAGCUGAUUAAGGUGCUGUGCCAGGCGGAGAUUGCGCGCGAGAGCGAGACCACGACGCUGUUCCGCGGCGCGUCGCUGGCCACCACGCUCAUGGAUCUGUACAUGCGCGCCGAGUGCUCGUGCUUCCUCCAGGCCGCCGUGUCGGACAUUGUGACGAAGAUCCUGGACAGCAAGCAGUCGGCGGAGCUGAAUCCCACGAAGAUGGACGUGAGCGACGACGCGUGCAGCAAUGCGGAGUUCCUGCUGCAGAUCCUCGAUCAGGUCACGCAGUCCAUCUUCACGGCGCCCGAGGCGUGUCCGCGCAGCGUGCGCUUCAUCUGCAACUGCCUGCAGAAGGCCGUGGUGAGCAAGUGGCCGUCGGAGCGCCUCGUGCGCACGCGCGUCGUGUCGGGCUUCAUCUUCCUGCGCCUCCUCUGUCCGGCGCUGCUCAAUCCGCGCCAAUUCGGCCUGGUCACCGAGACGCCGCCGCAAACUGCCACGCGAUCGCUGGUGAUGAUCGCCAAGUGUCUGCAGAAUCUCGCCAAUCUGAUUGAGUUUGGCGGCAAGGAGCCGUACAUGGAGGUGGUGAAUCCCUUCAUUCUGAAGAACAAGGAGCGCAUGAUUGUGUUCCUGGACCAGCUGUCGUCCGUCACGGAUCCCAAUCCACUUCCCGGAUGCAUUCCCGACCAGAGUCACGCCAGCCACAUGUAUUCCGACGCAGGUCGCGAAUUGGCCACUCUUCAUCACAUUUGCGUGUCGCAUUUGCAGGAUCUUCAGGCGCUGUCGAAGACCACGAACUCGAUCAAGAAGUUGGUCACGGUGACGGACAUGCUGACGAAGCACAAGCUUAAGUAUAGGGAAAUGAUCAGUUAAUCCACUGGAAUUCAUGGGCUUUUGAGACAUUUUUUCUCUCAGGAAAAAGAAAAAUCUUGAAUUUGUUCUGUGGUGGAGAGAAAACACGAAUGGACAAGUCUAAUUUUUGCGCAUGUUUUAAAAGAAGAGAGCUAAAAAAAAGAAAAUCAAGCGACGAGAGUGUAAAAAAAUGCAUCUUUUAAUAGGUGAAUUUUCAACUAGAAUUAAACACUAAAUAACGUUGUAUAGUCAUUUCUGCUGUUUACACACUUCAAACAAUAUUAUUCUUCACUAUCUAGGAGAGGAAAUUACUAUAAAGACCCUUUUAGAGGCACAAGAAGGAAAAAGGAUGCGGAAAACAAAGACUGGCGAAGUCUAUAUUUAUACAUGAUCUAUUUAUACGGGAUUUGCUUUGGAGUCUUUUGAAGGAAAACAACAAAAAUAUUGUAGGUUGAUGUCUUUUAGUUUAAUGUAAUUGCGCUUGUCUUUGAUAAUCUCUAGGAAUAUUUUAAUAAUUAUAUUGUCUUAACAAUUAGAACUGCGCUCUUAUUAAUGCAAGAUGAAGAAGCAGAUCAAAAUUAUACUCUAAAGAAAAAUUACUAAAAAAAAAACAUUUCCUUAUGUUUAACUUCUUAAUACCAAAGCUAAGUUUUAUUUCCAGACUUUGAUUGGCCUAUGAAAAAUCUUAACCAAAAAAGAAAGAAAAAACAAGACAUUUUAAGAGAAACGCUUCCUAUUCAUAAGAGAUUCUCACUCUCUCUCUUAACGAAAACAUUUCUUACAAGUUUACAGAAUUUACAGAGUUGAAAGAUUAAACAAAAAAUAGAUGAUAUUAACCACUUAACAGUGUCAAUUAAAGUCCAUUCGUAAUUUUUAGUGUCACUAAUAGGAAUAAAAUAUGAUCUUGUGAAGAGUUUUUUCUUUUCUUUUUUACUCCUUUUAUUAUUAAGAGAAUUGUAUCGACAGUGAAAAGCUUUUAUUCCUUUCCCCGCCCCCCAAUAUUCACCCAGUAUAAUUAACUGUAUGAUAGGCUCUCUCAUUCCUACAUAAUGUAUGAAUAUCGUUCAUUAAAGUUAGUUUUUUUCUGAAUUGAAAA